AUGAAUAGCUUUCAUGGAACCUUUACUGCAGCAUUUACAACAGGUAACAUGCUGAAGAAUCUUAACUUGAAUGGCAACCAUAUUGAAGGACAAGUUCUGUUUCAUGGUCAUAUAGACGCCUUUAAGACCAAGAGUAAAGUUCCUUUCACUAAGUUGAGGAUUAUUGACAUAUCUUACAAUGAGCUCAGUGGCCUUUGGCCAACCAGUUAUAUCGAAAAAUUUGAAGCAAUGAUGAAUAUGGAUGAACAUGCAAUGAAAUUGAAAUACAUGGGUGAUAUCUAUUAUUACGAUUAUGUGGUGGUGAUUAUGAAAGGACAUGAGAUUAAAUUUUCAAGAAUCUCAACCAUCAUCUCAGUCAUUGAUUUAUCGAGCAACAAAUUUAUAGGAGAGAUUUCGAAAUCCAUUGGGAGGCUUAAUUCACUUCAAGAUCUUAACUUAUCUCAUAACAACCUCAAAGGCCACAUCCCAACUUCGCUUGGAAAUUUGAAAAACCUUGAAUCAUUAGAUCUAUCCUCAAACAAGUUGACAAGUUUGAUGUUUCUUGUGUACUAA